CCGGUAAAAUAAUGGAAGAAGAAAGCCAGAGAGAAGAUGCAAGAAAAUUAAGAUCAAACGUCUCGUCACAGAAGUCAACAGAUGAUGAAAAUUCUAAUUCUAAUGACGGAAAAAAUGAUGAGUUGUCAAGUAAACACCUAAAGAUGUUAAAGUUUAGGAAUCCAGGGAAGUUUAUGGAAGAUUUCGAUCCAGAAAGAAGUGCACGAGAGAUGAGAAAAAUGAAUAGGAGGAUAUACAGAGAAAACAUUAAAAAGAACCAAGUGUAUGAUGAGAAUGGAAUACUGCUGGAGAACAGUCAGGAUUUGUGUGACUGUUUAGACCUCUCCUGUAAAGGUUGCCACUUUCCUUGUCCUAAAUGUGGCUCCCAGAAAUGUGGCACCGAGUGUCGAUGUGGAAGAAAGUGGAUUUACGAACAUGUGGAAGUGGAGGGCACAAAUCUUAUUUUAAAAUGGCCGACAGGGGAGAACAAAUGGUGAUCCUCGUUAAUGCUCAGAUAAUACAGUCAAUGUCAAGGCAGCAUUCUUCACAUUAAGUUUAUAUUGUCAGUGUUAACUCGUAUCAAGAAGCUCAGUAUUACAAAAGAGAUAAUGAGUGAUUAUAACUUUAUUAAAACUUUUGUAUGUCUCAAAGUCUGGUCAUUAUGUCAGGCCAUUGUUAUAUUGCUUUCCUCAGAAACAAAAAAGACAAUACUGAUUAUUUGUGGAAUGUCUUUAUUGUGGAAUCCAAAUGUCCUAUAAGAAAUGGCAUACAUUGACAUAUUUCAGAACAUAAUACACAUAGCGGUACUUGCAUUUGAUGCAUGAAAAUGUGUAACAAGUAAACAUUCCAGGGAAUGGCUGAUUUAGGUCUAAAAUUUUGCCUCAAACUAAAGGUGUUAGUCAUUCUUAUGAAUACUAAGUAUAAAUCAUCUGAAUUCAAAAUUUUCUUUUGGAAUUGUUUUUCCACAUUUUAGUAAGUUGAUGAUGCAUCUAUCUUUUUGUGAAUAUAUGGUAAGGACAUGAACUACAAUGGUAUCAUUAGAAUAUUCAUCAUCAUUGUUUAUAAAUUACAUGUGUAUACUUUUAACAUUGUAAGCAAAAUUCAUUUUGAAAGCAAAACUAAUAAAUGCAUAAAUUUU